UACGGAAAGAAAUAUAUAGAAAUACAAAAAAUGUUGUUCUUUUAAUCAGGCGCGUGAAGGACAGCUUCUCGGAUUCGGCCCAUGUGUUCCAGGACCCCGAGAUGUCCAUGCUUGCUGAGCCUCGUCGAAAGCAGAAGUGGUCUGUGGACCCGAGGAACAGCACGUGGAGCAAUGAUGACUCCAAGUUCGGCCAGAAGAUGCUGGAGCGAAUGGGCUGGUCUAAAGGGAAGGGUCUUGGCAAAAGUGAACAGGGUGCUACAGAGCACAUCAAGGUUAAAGUGAAGAACAACAGCUUGGGUUUAGGCACCACGAUCAACAACGAGGAUAACUGGAUUGCUCAUCAGGAUGAUUUUAAUCAGCUUCUUGCUGAACUGAACAACUGCCAUGGGCAGAGCAACACUGAAGAGCCGUGCCAAGAACAGACACAAGGCUUCAGUUUGGAGGAGAAAUCCAAGACCUCAAAAAAAAGGGUCCAUUACAUGAAGUUCACCAAAGGAAAGGAUCUGUCCAGUCGCAGUGAAACAGACCUCGCUUGCAUCUUCGGUAAAAGAGCCAAACAGAGCAAUCAGGAUGAGCUAAGCAAUGGUAGUGAUUCUCCGGAGGAGAAGGAGCAGGACAGCGAUGACAAGAAUGGGCCAUCAAACCCCGAGGUGGAACUCAACACAGUGACCAGUGCUCUGACCAUGCAGGAGUACUUUGCACAGAGAAUGGCUCAGUUAAAGAAAGGUCGUGCUGAGAACCAGUCCUCUGCUUCCACUCCUGAAACCAGCGGCAUCCCACAAUCUCAGUCAGCGACGCCCAAAUCCACCGAGGACUCUCCCGACACCAGCGACAUGGAGGAGAGCAAAAAAAGAAAGAAAAAGAAGAAAAAGGAUCGAAAGAAUGACCAUCACGACGAUGAGGAAAAGGUGGAAGAAACUGAGCAAACCCCAGUGACGGAAGAGGUUGCUGUUGUAGAGCAGGCUGUCUCGGACAGCAAGAAGAAGAAGAAAAAGAAGAAAGAACGACAAGCUAGAGAGGAGGAUACAGUGGAGGAGUGCUGCGUCGCAGCAGCUAAACAAGGCACCGCUGGGGAAAUAGUGGCCCUUUCUACGGAGAAAAAGAGGAAAAGGAAAAACAAAGAAACGCCUACUCACACACCUACAGAUUCAACUAACGAAGACGAUAAAGCAGAUAUCACAGACACCGAGGUUUUGGGUAAAAAGAAAAAGAAGAGGAAGCAGAGAGAUUUAGAGGAAGAGCAGACAGAAGUAGUAGCAGAAAAGAAAUCCAAAAAGGACAAGAAAAAGAAGAAAAAUGACAAUUAGGGCUUUAUACGUGGUUGGGUUUAGGUUUAUCUGUAUUUUUUUCAAUAAACUGAACGUCAGCAAUUUUUUUAAAGCUCAUUCUGUCCAUCAUGGGUCUGAUUGUAUGUCUUACCAUGGAAAACCAUUUUUAUAGCAAAAAAUCUCUUCAAUUGUAUAAAACUAUGUAUUAGCACAUUUUUUAUUCGACUAUUGUAUAUGAACAUCAAAUUACACACUUUGGUCAGCAUCACUUAGUGCAAUUCGCCUUAAAUGUCUCAGUUGCAUUUUUGCCCCAAGAGUAAUCCCAGAUGUUACUCUCAAAAGAAAACCCAUGCAACGUCUGUUAAAGGUUUUUAAACAUCAUAAAUCACUGCCUAUGUCUUAUUGAAUGUCUAUAGGCAUAUGGGAAGAGUGUCAGAGCAGUGCAGCAAUCUGAAUCAAUUUUCAGUUUUCUUUGUUUUUAAAAUAGUCCUGCAUCCUCUUUCUUACCGUCAUAGUUUUCCUCUUCCUGGUAUGAUGUAUGAAGCUGCUGAUGGAUUGUAGCCCACACUUAAGUGUUUAAAAACAUACUUUGCCCAUGAAAAGCUGACGAGUAGUCACAUUAAAAUGUAAGACUGGUGUGUUAAGUGGACAUUUUUUUGCCUUAAUGUUGAGACUUGCACCUCAUAUGGACAGCAUAAAUUGAUGCUAAAUUCAGGUGUCUUUCCUUAAUUUGACUUUCGAAAUGGGACUUUCUUUGAAUUGUGUUGAACAAUGGUGUUAAUGUACUUACAUGCUUACUGUUUAUAAUGUCCAGGCCUGUAAGUAGCUUAACAUCACUGCUUUGACCAGUGAAGAAAUGGGUCAGUGAUGGGACUGAGUAUUUAUAACAUCUUGAACUCUGCUAUGCUAUGGUGCUAUGAUUUAGACUGUAUGAAUUUUGCACAUGGGCUAAUAAAAUGAAAUGUCAACCUGUUGCAAAUUA